AUGAGUAGCGCAAGUAGUGUUGUGAAGAUAUCAAAUAUAUUUAAUGAUGAUUUAUUUUUAUGUCGUGCUUUUGCAAAAGCAAUUUCAUCGGAUAAACUUAGUCAAAUUAUUGAACAACAAACAAUUUUAAAAGAACCAACAUCUGUUGAAUCGAAUGUUCCAUCAAAUGAUAAUGUUAAAAUGGUAGAUAAUUCUUCAUUACCAUCCGAGGAUAUUCAAUGGAAAAUUGGUGAUCUAUGUUUAUGUCCAUAUAGUGAAGAUGGUCUUUUAUAUAAAGCUACUAUNAUUGUACACCAGCAGGAGAACAAGCAGCAGGGACACGACAUCUAA